AUCAUCUUAUUCUUAAGAGGCUGCAAAGAGCUGGGACUUAAAGAAUCUCAGCUUUUUGACCCUGGUGAUCUGCAGGACGCAUCAAACAGAGUAACCAUCAAGAACACUGACUAUAGUAGGAAGCUGAAAAAUGUAUUAGUCACCAUUUAUUGGCUAGGGAAAGCGGCAAACAGCUGCACGUCAUAUAGUGGAUCAACCCUGAACCUGAAGGAGUUUGAAGGUUUGCUGGCACAAAUGAGAAAGGAAACAGAGGAUAUUGAGAGCCCAAAGCGCAGCAUUCGUGACAGCGGCUAUAUAGACUGCUGGGACUCUGAACGCAGCGAUUCCCUCUCCCCGCCUCGUCACGGCAGAGAUGAUUCCUUUGACAGUCUGGACUCCUUUGGCUCUCGCUCACAGCAGACACCGUCUCCAGAUGUAGUGCUCAGAGGGAGCAGUGAUGGGAGAGGAAGUGACUCGGAAACUGACCUGCCACACAGAAAGAUGCCAGAUGUGAAAAAAGAUGAUAUGUUGGCAAGGCGGACCUCACACGGUGAACCUAAAUCAGCUGUGCCUUUUAACCAGUACCUCCCGAACAAGAGUAAUCAGACUUUCUAUGUACCUGCUCCACUUCGGAAAAAGAAAGCCGAACGAGAAGAGUACCGAAAGAGCUGGAGCACGGCGACUUCACCACUGGGAGACAGACCUUUCAGAUUCGGCCCCAGAACUGCUGUGUCUGAUGACGCAGAGAGUAUGAGCAUGUUUGACAUGAGAUGUGAAGAAGAAGCUGUGACUCAGCCUCAUAGCAAAGCUCGCCAUGAGAAACUGCAGAACAUACACAACCAGCUGAAAGAGGAUGAGACCAGAUGGCAAGAUGACCUGGCUCGAUGGAAGAGUCGUCGAAGGAGCGCUUCACAGGAUUUAAUAAAAAAAGAAGCUGAGAGAAAGAAAAUGGAAAGGUUAUUGUCUGGAGACGGAAUGAAUGAGCGCAGAAAAAGCAUCAAAACCUACCGAGAAAUUGUGGAAGAGAAAGAGAGAAGAGAGCGGGAGCUUCAUGAGGCGUACAAGAAUGCAAAGUCACAGGAGGAGGCCGAGAGCAUCCUCCAGCAAUACAUCGAAAGAUUCACUAUCAGUGAAGCUGUCCUUGAGCGUUUGCAGAUGCCAAAAAUUCUGGAAAGAAGCCAUUCAGUGGAGCCAAAUUCACCACUGAAAGACCCGAAUCCUCUGAGAUAUUUAAGGCAACAGUCUCUGCCUGCUCCAAAAUUCACUGCCACCAUUGAAGCAACCAUUGUUCCCACCGCUGAACUAGAGCCCAGCAGUUCCACGGGCCGCACAUCUCCCAGCAAAAGCGUUGUCUCCAAGGCUGUGCCUAUGCUGACACCCAAGCCUUACUCACAACCCAAAAAUACACAGGAAGUUUUAAAGAACUUUAAGGUAGAUGGAAAAGUCAGCGUGAACGGAGAGAAUUUCAACGGCGUGGAAGAAAAGGAUAAAGAGUGUACAACAGUAACAUUUACUCCUUCGCCAAGCAGAUCUCUGAAAUUUGACGGAGUAGCCAGAGGGGACAGGCCCCCGGUAGAGUUGAAGAAGGACCCCACAAGUGUUGAGCUCAGUUUACAGAGGCCUGCCACUCAAAGUGUGCACAAAGAGCCAACAGCCUCCCCACUGGAAGCAGAUACAGCCACCAGGCAGCAGGUUGAGACCAGUCCUGGAAGUGCAGGACCUGCCAGCCCGGCAUGCCCAUCCCCAGGUUCAGAUCAAAAGCAAUUCAAGUCAACUGCAGCUUGUGCCAGCCCUGUUGUGAAGAGAUUAGAAUUUCUUCCCAGUCCUGUCCCUUCAGUGGAAGCUGCAUCAAGUGAGAAAGAUGUGAAGAAACCUGAAACAGAGCAGCAGAAGGAAGCAGAGCUCCCUGCUACACUAGAGGUGAUGAAACCAAAAGCCCUGGAACCAGAGGGGAGUGUAGUGUUGCCAUUUUUAAAGAAACUGCCUGAGACCAGCCAGGUUACUCUGCAGAAUUCUGGUCUACAAGAGCUGCCCCGCGGGGCCGCGGUUCCGCUUAGGGUUCGCAACAACUGGCGGCGCUCACUGUUUUUCUCGCAGUCAGCUGAUUCUGAUAGUGGUGACAAAUCAAAUCUUGGUUUUCCUUCACACAAGCGUUUCAAUUUCUGGUCCUGGGAUCCAGAAGAAGAGCGAAAGCGCCAGGAAAGGUGGCAGCAUGAGCAAGAGCGCUUACUUCAGGAGAAGUAUCAGAAGGAGCAGGACAAGCUGAAAGAGGAAUGGGAAAAGGCCCAGAGAGAAGUUGAAGAGGAGGAGCGUAGAUACUACGAGGAGGAACGUAAGAUAAUUGAGGAUACUGUAGUUCCAUUCAUUGUUUCUUCAAACUCUGCUGAGCUCCUCUCUUCCUCUUCCUCUACCAGUGAAGGAAACAAGACAGCAAACAUAACUGAUUCAAACAGCUCUCCAGAGGAAGGCAAAAAAGAAGUUACAAGGCAGAAAAAACUGCUCUGGGAGCAGGACAGUAUACCAUCUCCGAAAAGCAAGGAAAAUGAACUCUGGCAAGAAAAGAGGAGUGGAAAUAAAGUGCUCUCGGGACACCCGGAGACAGGUAUCUUGAAAGGAGGUGAACAGGAACACCAGGUGCCAGCAAUGGAGCGCAGCUCACCUGCCAGGCUGAAUCUGCCAUUGACUCAGGACAUCUCCUGGAAUCAGCAGUUGCUGACAAAGCAGUCCCCACAUCGUGCAGAGGACAUUCGGCAGAGACCGCUCCUGGGCCACGGCACGGGACAACAGCCGAGCUCCGCAGGAGAAACAAGGAGGGCAGGCUACCAGGAGAACUUCCGGUCCGGGCCAUUGUCUCCCUGCUCUCCUGCUGCUCUGAGUCAGUCACCUAACAGAUCUGUCAGCGGAAAGAAGCUUUGUUCUACCUGUGGACUUCCUCUUGGAAAAGGAGCUGCCAUGAUCAUUGAAACACUUGGUCUUUAUUUCCAUAUUCAGUGCUUCAGGUGUGGCAUUUGCAAGGGACAGCUGGGAGAUGCAGCAAGUGGGACAGAUGUCAGGAUUAGAAACGGUCUUCUUAACUGCAACGAUUGUUAUAUCCGAUCCAGAACUGCUGGACAGCCAACUACAUUGUGACAUGACUUUCAGUCCUAAUAGCUUUCAAGGAGGAACUCUCUUCUCGUAUGUAUCGGCUGCCUCCAGACAAUCACUUGUAAGAGCUUGAAUCCAUGGACAUCAUGGCUCUCAUUUCAUUUUGAAAAACUCAUAAAAACACUACACCUGCUCCUUUAAAAUGCAAUGUGUUGGGUUUUCUCUUCCUUAAGAAAUUUGCAAAAUAUGUAUGACCAUGUUUGGGAAGGCAAAGCCUAAGUACUGUUAAAAAAAAAAAAAUCCCGCCUUUCAGGUAUGUUUAUGAUUUCCAUUCUGUUACCUUGUUCUUUUGAAAGUAAUAAGAAAAUAAACAUGCAAUAAAACCGUUUUGUUUUAAUAUUUCUAGAAAUUAAGAAGUUUAAGUUUACAGAACCUUUAUAGAAUAUGCCAACUUGAGCUGAGAAGUAAUUUUAAGAUAGUAUCUAAUCAGUUCAUUUGAAAAAACUAAACAUCACAGCACAACUUCUCUGUUAUAACUGAUAACUUUUUUUACACAGAGACUAGUUUGAUAAUACAUCAUGUAAUUCUGAAGCCUUUUGUGUUUAUAUUACCUUCAGUGGAGGGUAGGAGUUCUACAAAUAAAUUAUUGCACCUUUAGUGAUAGGAUUUUUUGUUUGUUUGUGUACCUCAAGUAAUGUUCAUGACUAUAGCUUAAUAUUCUCUCAAAUAAAGAUUUCUUCAUUAAACCUAAAGA